GUUUUGUCCGAAAAAUUCCACAGAAUAGCCCCAAAUUUCAUAAAUUGAUGAAAUAAUUCUUCGUGUUUUUAUUUGUUAUUGGAGAAGCUGCGUAAGUUGUGGGCAGAAUUUGAAUUGUGAAUUUUAUUAUCUGUAUGGUUCAAUCUUCUUUACUUUGACGGUAUCCGUAGAAAAUGCUCGUCGGUGAUACAGCACGCCCAAUCUGCAAGUUAGUCUCCCAUUUUUGUCGGACCCAAUUUUCGCCAUGUCAAGUGCUUCUAGAUAGUGAUCCAAAUUCCAGUGGUGGUGAGAGGAUGGGUCAGCUCAACAGAUAAAAAAUUACAUGAUAACAGUAGGAUCUAAAGUCUCAUUGGCAGAAAGGUUUGGCAGUUCGACGUCAACUCUUGGCCGCCUGGGGUUGUAGUUUCAAGGGCAGAAACUUCAAGUCCAAUUACUAAUAACUUUAAUAAUUAAUGAGAAUGUUUGAUUGUUGUAUCAUGGUUUUGACUUACCUGAUACUCCAUUGUCUUAUAUACUCUAUUCCAUUAACAUGAUUUUUGAAGGAACAGCUUUUGGUGCUGCUUGCAUGGUUCUUUGGACCUGACAUGGAGAAGAUUUCAAUCUAAUUUAUUAUCUGGAAAGCAUGAAUGACAAUAUGGUUAUGUUAAGAUAGGGAACUUAUACUUUUUUCGAUAGCUUGAACUUCAUCUGAUAACUAAAUGUAACUGCUAAUGAUUGAAACAUGAACUUUCUUUAUCAUUUUUAAAUAGUAUUUAAUGUAUAUUAAUACUAUUAAAAUGAAAAUGAGGUUAGAACCAUAUAUGUUUUUCUUUAAAAUAUUCAGAAAAUAAAAUUUUAUUAGGCGUUUAUCAUUGGACGGCUUAUGGGGUUGCAGAUUCUUGACAUUUGGGAAUAUUAAGAGAGUUUCACAAUCUUUGCUCGCAAAACAGUAUCGUAACUGUUCAGAAGGGUUAAAAUAUGGAGCCCUUGUCAGACCUGGGUUAUGUUCUCCUCAAUACAGAAUAUACUUGCAAUCUAUGUUCCCUGGUAGUGGUAGGAGACAUACUUGGAAUCCUACACGUGAAAUGAGAAAAUGUCUCUGCAAUGGGUUUGUCAGGAAUUAUUCAGCUAUCCCAGCCAAUAAUACUAUAGCCCAUCGUGCUCAAGUUGCUUGGAAGAGGUUGGCACAGAAGUCUUUACAUCGUGGCCAAUCUUGUCUUCCCAUAAACAAGAUCGCUCAGGCAGUUAGCUUGGCGUUGAGCCAUUCUUAUUUGCUUGUUCCUGGUAUAUUUGCGGUAACACGUGGAAACCAAUUAGCAUGGGCACAGUCUGUGCCGGACACAGAUAUCUUUCUGCCAAGGAAUACUUUAUACACGCAUGCACAGGAUGGGCAUCUUUUCUUGACCUCAUUGAUCCUAUCAAUAUUCGAAGGCUUUUUCUUGUUGCUGAGAGUGUUGUUUUUGUCAUUUCUGUUCACGCCAAGCAUUGUGAUGGCUCCAUUUGCAGAUAGUUUUGGACCUCGGUUCAGGAAAUUAUGGCUUCAGGUUGUUCAUCAAACACUAGAAAGGGCAGGUCCUGCGUUCAUAAAAUGGGGCCAGUGGGCAGCCACACGGCCAGAUCUCUUUCCUAGAGACCUGUGCACUGAACUUUCCAAGCUUCACACGAAAGCACCUGAACAUAGCUUUGCCUACACGAAAAAGACAAUUGAAAGAGCUUUCCGUCGUAAGAUUUCUGAAAUUUUUGAUGACUUUGAGGAAAAACCUGUGGCAUCUGGAAGUAUAGCCCAAGUGCAUCGAGCUUCUCUGCGGUCUCGGUACCGUGGUCGUGAGAUGAAACCAAUGCUAGUUGCAGUGAAGGUGAGACACCCAGGAGUUGGAGAGUCAAUAAAAAGAGAUUUUGAGAUAAUUAAUAUAAUGGCAAAAAUUUCUAGAUACAUUCCUGCUCUGAAUUGGUUGAGAUUGGAUGAAAGUGUCCAGCAGUUUGCAGUUUUCAUGAUGUCUCAAAUUGAUCUUGCCCGAGAAGCUGCCCACUUGAGCCGCUUCAUAUACAAUUUUCGCAGAUGGAAAGACGUUUCUUUCCCCAGGCCUGUAUAUCCACUGGUCCAUCCUGCUGUUUUGGUGGAAACAUUUGAGGAUGGGGAAAGUGUUUCCCGCUAUGUUGAUGAUAUCGAGGGGAAUGAACGAAUCAAAAGUGCUCUCGCCCACAUUGGGACCCAUGCACUGCUGAAGAUGCUACUGGUAGACAACUUUGUUCACGCUGACAUGCAUCCUGGAAAUAUCCUUGUCCGUGUAGCUCGAAGCAAACCGUCUCGUAAACGGCUAUUCAAAACCAAACCUCAUGUUAUUUUCCUUGAUGUGGGCAUGACUGCUGAACUCUCUAAGAGUGACCGGAUAAAUUUACUAGAGUUUUUUAAGGCUGUUGCUCGUAGAGAUGGCAAAACAGCGGCAGAGUGCACACUAAGAUUAUCAAAGAAACAGAACUGCCCUGAACCAGAGGCGUUUAUUCAGGAAGUGAAAGUAUCAUUUGAUUUUUGGGGUACUCCAGAGGGGGAUUUUGUCCAUCCUGCUGACUGCAUGCAGCAAUUACUGGAACAAGUUAGGCGUCAUAAAGUGAACAUUGAUGGCAAUGUUUGCACGGUGAUGGUAACAGUUUUGGUUCUUGAGGGUUGGCAGCGGAAGCUUGAUCCAGAUUACGAUGUGAUGCAUACACUACAAACGUUGCUCCUAAAAGCAGACUGGGCAAAGUCACUUUCUUACACAAUCGAAGGACUCAUGGCCCCGUGAAUAAGAGCCUUAAGACUUCUCUGCAAGUACAUUCUAACAAUUUUGUCAGUGUAGAACAUAUUAACUGUACAUCACCCCACACAAAUAUUAUUGUCUUUGACACAAUUUGUUUUCAGCUAGUUCCCAAUAUGAGACCAUAUUUCGUGUAUUUGUUCUUAAACUACUCUCCAGUGUUGGCUGACAAGCUAUGAAGCCGGUGUAAUAAAUAAAAACACCUCAGUGAUUCUUUGAUUUCAAAUUC